AUGGCCUUCUGGUGCAACACCGAAACUGCUAAACUGGAGCCUCACCAGCUCUCUGGCAACAGGACGUCCUGUUCCUCUUCUGCUGACCCCAUUGCCAGGUUUGGAAGCCGCACCGCGUUGACUAGGGGCUCCUCUGAGGGCUUUGGGUCCACAAGCAGUCAACAGCUCUUAACGCCGUUCUCCCCGCAGCUUGUAGAUCCCAUGGUAACAAACGGCUCGACAACACAUGCCCCGCAUGUUCUCGCCGAGGCGUCUUCAAACUUCUCCUCAGUGUUCGGGGGAGGCGGCAGUCCGGCUGCUAGAGCCUUGCCCUCGGGUCCGACCCACUGUGAAGCGGGGGUAGCAGGGCCGCAAGAAGGCGGAGAGAGGACUCCAUGGGGAUGCGAUAAUUCCACCGAAUCCGAGACAGCACCCAGCGCUGCCUCGACAUCGCAGACUGUCGAUGUAGAGGCACGCGAUGGACAUGCUUCUCUCCAGGCUGCGCAGAGUCUCCUUCUUCCACUGGAAUUCCUGUCCCUCUUGGCCGUUGAAUCGGAGCUGCCAGAAACUUGUACAGACAAUGUUCCUCUGGCUACCGAGGCUGUCUCCCGCGACGAAGACACCCACUCGGCAGGAGAAGGCACAACUGGCGACACCUCGGCUUUGGUUGAGCAUCACACAGAUAAAUUCGACCUUGUGGCUGCUGCCGAACCGGCCCUACCACAAACACCUUCCGCGGCAUCGCUGAAUGCGGAGUCACACCUGGGAAGUCUGUUGGCAUUUAUCUCUCCAAUGUUGUCAGUUCUGGCUGCCGGUGUGACAUCGCCUAGUGCUUCUGUUGGAGGACAGGAUAUGGAGACUUUCCCCGGGUUCCCAGGCCCAUCGAGCUCUUCGUGUGACAUGGAACUCUCCCAAAAGGCUAUUCGGCUGAUAUUCAGCGAUCUCCAACAUGUCUGCCUGCCGUUGCUUUCCAACGCUCUUUCCAUGUCCCGUGCAGAAGCAGAGUACGUGUCCGCUGCUUUAAGGCGUCACGCAGCUAUGAUCGAAAGUGUAUCUUCCGCGCCUCUUCCACAAACGGACUGUGCCAGUUCCUAUGGUUUCAGUCUUCUCUUCUGGCCAUAUCUAUCCAUUUUCAAAAAGUGCCUGAUGGACUGUGUCAUGCCGUCCUCCCUCUCAAAAUUCGAGCAAAUUCGCUUGCUUCUUCUAGUGUGCAAUACUCCCGAGCCUCCCGGUGCCCCCGCACCUGUUUAA